AUGGGCGCCACGGACAUCACAUACGCGCCGAAAAAGUCGAGGCCAAGCUUGAGCAGACCAAAAGAGGUGCGUCCGAUCAGCCUCAAAGAACUGGAAGAGCCAUCAGGGAGUGAAGAGCCAGAUGCUCCGGGUGAAUUCUACUUCCUGGACCCGGGCUCCUUCGAAUCGACAAACGAUAUCCUGCACCGUGAAGUGUUUUUGAAAUGCCAAGAGGCCGGACUCGACCCACGCUGGAUGAAAAUGGACAUUGUCGAAAAGUCGGAACGCGGCGACCCCAACUUUUACGUGCUGCCGAGAUUUGAGGGGCCAGCGUACGAGAUUCUGAAGGAACGACGAUGCAAAACAGUUUCCUCGUUUCUCGUACGCGAAUGUCUGCGACUGGACAGAUGCUUGGUCAAAAUUGACAUCCCGGUGUAUUCGCUUCAUCUAGACGGCGUCAAAGUGACAUUCACCGGAUUUGCCACGGCCGAGAAGAAGCGACUAACGGAAUUGGUCUACGCGAUGGGCGGUCAUUCAUCACCGCGCUUCAGCCAUGAAAUCACACACCUCGUCGCUGCCCGCUACGACCCGACGAAUCCGGACAAAUAUCAGUAUGCUCGUCAACUGCGGAUACCGAUUCUGGAGUCGGGUUGGCUGGAGGACGCGUGGACCAGGGCCACCAACCACGAGCCGGGCAAUUUUUCCGCCGAGCAAUUCUACGAGCCGUACCGCAUGCCGUUGUUCAAGGGAUUGGUCAUCACCAAGACCGGCGUCGCCCAGGAACAACUAGCCGAUUUGAUUCGAGCGAUCGAGAUGAAUGGUGGAAAAUAUUCAGCGGCGCUGAACAAAAACUGCACGCACAUGAUCACCGAGCUGUGCAACGGCGACAAGUUUCGAAGGGUGAAAGAAUGGCAGCGCGACGGCGUCAAGCAGGUGUUCAUCGUGACGAUGAAAUGGCUGUUCAAGUGUAUCGAGAUGAAAUACGUUGUCCCGGAAUCGCGCUACGAUCCCGAACGACCGGCCUGCUCAACGCAAAAGGGACAAGAGGCCACGAUGCAAGAUCCAGAGCUGAGCGCCAUCUAUGGGCAACAAAACGGAAAAUUGCCCACGCAAUCGGACAGCCCGUUCUGGGGAAAUACUUCGGUCGGGGCAAGGAAUCGACGAUCCGGAGCGAACAGCUCCUCCGUCACAAAUAAUCAUCCCACGACGCCUAGCACCACCAAGAAUCAAUCGAACCUCGAAGCCUCCCUUCGAGAACGAGAUAGGGUGGCAACUUUGCGACGCGAAGAAUCACGGGCCAGGAUGAGUGGCGGAGAGUUUGGAUCGAGGAUUGGUCUCCCGCGCAGCAACUCGAUCCUCGCCGAACCGGCAGCGAUAUUCAGCCGAAAAGCGCGUGAGCUGGUCGACCCGGUUGAUCAGCUGAAGGACGAGGGAGAACGGCUGGAAGAGGACUUGGAUGUGCUUGAGGGCACUCGUGUGUUGAUCGUUGGCGCUAGCGCAACGUCGAUACCAACAUGGAAAAAGCUGCUGAACAGCCUCGGAGCCUGUCGCGUGACCAAGAUGCGCUCUGACGCUAUUGUGAUUGUCGUCCGGAUCAAUGGUGCCGACGAUGAGAAAACGAUCAAAGAAGCGGAAGAAGCCGGCGCCGAGGUGGUCACGUCGAAAUGGGCGAUCGAGUGCUUCGAGAAGAGGGACAAUUUGCCCACUCACGACUUUCUGUGGAGCGACCGCGUGGCCGAGCUGGAAAAAGAGGUAGCCGCCGAGAUGGAGGCGCCGCGGAAGGGGCGGUCAGACGUCGAAUUCAUCGGCAUUUACACGGGUACCACCGCCGAGUUGACGUCCGGAAUGCAAUUCCCGGGCCCUCCGAGCAGUCGGCCUUCGAUGGGGCCAAUCUCCGAUGAGCAGUCGACAACAAACUGCUUCGCCACCACCUCCAAUUUCUACGGCAGCCGCAAGGUGCGCAUCUUCGAGCGCGGCAUGGACGAGGGGCAAAUUGCUGAUAUGAAGGAAGAGAUAGUCGAAUGUGGCGGAAAAUACCUCCCGCCCGAGUUCGAUGUGCCGGCCGACUAUCUGCUUUGCCCGCUGAUCGACCUCGGCGGUUUGCCGACCCCAAAAGAAGCCAACGCCGAGCAUAUUGUUUCUACCUAUUGGCAGCGCUGCUGCGUGAUCGAGGGCAAGCUGCUCGAGCCGGACUCGUGCCCGCUGUUCCGCCCGAUUCCGGCGUGUGGCGGGAGCACGGUUUUUGAGAAUUGCGUCGUCUCGGUGACGGGCCUCGACCAUCCACUCCGCGAGCAAAUCAAGGAAUUUGUCGAGAAUUUCGGCGGCAUUUUCCAAGCGACCAUCUGCAAGAAUUCCAGGAACGGUGAAUUCCGGAACACGCACGUCAUCGCCGGCAGCGACAACGAGAAGGCGAAGAUGGCCGUCAAGUGGGGCAUCAAGGUGGUCGACCCGGCAUGGCUGCUCGAGAGCAUCAUCAACGACAAGCUCAUCUCGGAGGCGGCGUAUCCGGUUGGGGACAGCCCAUUCUGUGGCAGCUACACGCGCAGUGACGACAUCUGGGAGGCGUGCAAACAAGGGAUGUAUGACGUUGUUGUGCAGAUCCGGGAUGUUGACGAGUCCUUCCCAACCUACAUGCUCGACCAGGGGUCGAUCAACGAAGGUGACGACGCGGGCAACGAGGAAGCUUCCAUCCUCGAGCCGAUCGCCAGCCCGUCACCAUCUAUCCAGUACGUUGAAACGCGCGACAAGCCGGCGGAAGCUUCGAAACCGAAGUCUGCUGAAAAAGAGACGACGCCAAUAGAGGAGCCGCCGAUUACGCCCACCACCAAGCACGUCAGCGCCGUAAAAAAUGGAAAAACAGGCCGCCAGGCUGCUGCUCAGUCCGUCGUCGAAUCCAGUGUUAUGGAUCUACUCGGCGGGAUGGGCAGCCCGGAGGCGAUGCCCGACCUGGCGCAACGUAUCAUGGAUAAGAUAUCGUCACGAGACGCCAGCUCAACGCAAAGCCUGCCCAAGCAAGAAGCCGUCGUCUCAUCCGAUCCCAGCACCUCGCAGAACCAAUCGACGCGGGCUACGAAACGGCGACGAGUGGCGGAAGUGCGACAAGAGCAGAGCGAAGCAGUGGUGAUCAAGGAAGAGCCGCUGGAGGUCAACACGUCGAAACGAGCCCGAACAGAACAGGAGCACGGCGACGCCUUCCCGAACUUGUUGAUCGACUGGAGCACGCAGCGGCCCGCUGAUGACGACAACGCGCAGGAAGCUGCGGAAAACUUGAAGAUACGCUGCUUUGACGAGAGCAUACAGCCAACCCCUGGCGCCACGUCGACUCUUCGUGCUUCAGCGACGCGGGUGUCUGAAAGACGGGUCAACGAAGUUGAGGCUACACCUAGAUCGGCGGCUAACCGAGCUUCUAACUUGAGAACGAGGCAACAACCGGAAAAGCGUGCUCCGGCUCUGAAAGUUCCGGUGGAAGAGGAGGAACCAGCGAUAGUUGGAGGCACCUUCAGCCCAACACCACCUCAUCAACAAGCUGCGCGAAAAGCCCCCGUUGCUCAGCCCGGCCCAUCAAAACCCCGCCCUGAAGCGAAGCUACCGGAAACCGGCGACACCUUCAGCCCGACGCCACCACAUCAACAACCGGCCCGAAAUGAUGAGCCACAACCGGGCCCCUCCAAGUCGCGCCCCGAAAUUCGGCAAGCCGCACAAGCAGAGCCGGCCCCAGCGCGCGCCGCGGUGAAGCUGCGACCGGAAAGCCGGUUGCCAGAAAAAGGAGCGACAUUUAGCCCCACCCCGCCACGCCAACAACAACCUCAAAAGACCCCUGCACCCCAGCCCGAAGCGACGAAGCUGCGCGCUGAAAGCCGCACAAAAUCGCGCCGAUCAGCGGAGCACGAGGUCGUCCCCGAUACCGCACCCGAGCCGGAAGUUGAAACCGCGCCAGAAGCACCGGCUGCCGCCCCCGUCGAUCCGAGCGCCGCCAAGAAGUUUUUCGCCUGGUCGACGUUCAGCGAUCAAAAUGCGCUGGAAGCUCAGGUGGAGAUCGUGAAGCAGCUCGGCGGCAACUCAAAUUAUGCGCCGGAUGCGGAAAAUAGUGGUCUACUGCCGACGACAACGCACCUCAUUGCCGAACGAAUGCUCCGAAACGAGAAAGUGCUGAGCGCGAUCGCCAGCGGCUGCUUCAUCCUGACGCCGCGAUACCUAGAAGCUUGCGCCAAGCAUGGUCGCUUUAUUCGGGAAGAAGCCUACGAGUGGGCAUCCGAACUUGCCGAUGCCGCCGACACGGACGUGGCGAAGGUCGUGUCCAAGACGGCGCUCUUUUGGCGUCAGAAGCUGGAGGGAAAACGAAAAGCCGGCGAAAAGAAAAUCGGCGCGUUCUCCGAUUGGCGGUUGAUCAUCUACGCGGAGAGCAAUCCCGAUGUUUAUAGAAGAAUCGUUCGGUAUGGCGGCGGCAUCGCCGAGUUGCGAAGUGACCUCAGCGACGUGCGACUGUUCAAGCCCACCCACGUCAUCAUCCACCGCGAGCGGAACAUGGCCCCCUGGGAUAAAAAUGAAUUGGCUCGCGUGGUCCGUGCCGGCGCCAAAAUCUUCCCUCCCGACUACCUCUUCACGUUCUUGUCAAAGCGCGGCAUCUACGAUAUUACCGACUGCACGGACAGCUAUAGGAAAUUCAUCGGCAAUCGCUCGAGCGAGCUGCCCGAUCGAUGG